GUUGGACCGAUGUUGACAUGUAUCAUUGGUGAACAAUUUCAACGAUUAAAACGUUGCGAUCGAUUCUAUUACGAAAAUGAUAAUCCGGCAACAAGGUUUACGCCAGAUCAAUUAGCCGAAAUACGGAAAACAACAUUAAGUAAACUUAUUUGCGCAAACAGUCAAUAUGCACGACACAUUCAACCAAAUGCAUUUCUCAUGCCGGACGAUUUAACGUUUCGUUUGAAUGCACCAAUGAAAUGCUCUGAAUUACCGGACAUUGACCUUUAUGAAUGGCUUGAUCGACAAUUUUGUGUGGUGGAUCAUCGAGUUAUCAAUUUGGGAAGGACAAAACGUAUAACACCAUGUAUUACGUGCACAUGUACCGCUGAAGGACCAGAAUGUCAUUCGAUGGUGAUUGAUCGUUGCGAAUCACUGUUAACCGAAUAUCUUUUCUCAGAAGUGAUAGCUGAUACAGUAUGUGUAAUACAAUGUUCAUCACUGAUACGUCAAAGAAGCGGACAACGGUAA